CCCUCCUUAAUUCUCUUAAAACUCUUCCUCCACACUUUCUCUCCUCAGAGAAAAAUUCCACAAGUAAAAUCAUCGAAUCUUGUUGCCGACAACAAUGGCGAUGAACAGGGCCAUCGCUCUGGUCUUUGUGGUGGCGGUGCUGGCGAAUCUGGCGGUGAUUGCGAGUGGGGAUGAUAAGAAGAUUCUGGUGAAGACGGUGAAAGGGAAGAAGGUGUGUACGCAGGGGUGGGAGUGUUCCUGGUGGUCGCAGUACUGUUGCAAUCAGACCAUAUCGGAUUUGUUCGAGGUUUACAAUUUCGAGGAGCUGUUUUCCAAGAGGAAUUCGCCGGUGGCGCAUGCGGUGGGGUUCUGGGACUACCAGUCUUUUAUUCUCGCCGCAGCUAAAUAUGAGCCACUUGGUUUUGGGACCACUGGAGGGAAGCUUAUGCAGAAGAAGGAGAUUGCCGCUUUUCUCGCUCAUGUCGGCGCCAAAACUUCUUGUGGUUAUGGAACGGCAACAGGAGGACCCUUGGCUUGGGGCCUCUGCUACAAUCACGAGAUGAGCCCCAGCCAGAUAUACUGUGAUGACUCCUACAAGUACAUCUUUCCAUGUAGUCCUGGAGCUGAGUACUACGGACGUGGUGCCAUACCAGUCUACUGGAACUUCAACUAUGGGUACACUGGGGAAGCAUUGAAAGUGGAUCUGUUAAACCAUCCUGAAUAUUUAGAGCAGAAUGCUACCCUUGCAUUCCAAGCUGCAAUCUGGAGGUGGAUGACCCCGAUGAAGAAGUCACAGCCUUCAGCCCAUGAUGUCUUGGUUGGGAACUGGAAGCCAACCAAGAAUGACACCUUGGCCAAGCGAGGCCCUACGUUUGGCACCACCAUGAAUAUUCUUUAUGGAGAUUAUACUUGUGGCAACGGUGAUAUCGAUCCCAUGAACACCAUCACCUCCCAUUACUUAUAUUAUCUUGACCUGAUGGGUGUAGGUCGAGAGCAGGCAGGGCCCCAUGAAGAGCUCGGUUGUGCAGAACAGCAAGUAUUCAACCCAUCAUCUUCUCCCACUGCAUCAUCUUCUUGAACAUCGUGUGUUGUGUUAGAUAGCCAAUUAUAUUGCCACACAGCCUUUCUGAAGUAAAAUCCGUUAAUAAUAGUUGGGCAAAUGAAUUGCUUGUAAGGUCAUUUCCAGCAUCUGUGUGAAAGCUUCAUUAUAGGGUGAUUUAUAUUUCCUUUUUGCUGCUGUGUACAUCAUAAUAUUCAUUGUGUGUAAAAUCUGUGUUCUUGAAAUGAACUGUAUGAACUAUUAUCUCAGUCAAUGCCUUUCGUUAUUGUGUGUGUACUCCUCUUGUUGUUGUUGACCUAGGAGAUUAUUGAUUUUUAUGUUGAAUUCGUAUUCUUGAGCUUGGAGAGAAUAUAUCUUAAAUAAUAUA